UGGGGAGUACCCAGGGGUGUGGAGUACCCAGGGGUGUUGAGUAUUUGUUGGCUGCUUUUUCUGCCAGUUCUUUGCUGAUGGCACUGCAGGACAUCUUCCGAUAUAGAAGGGAAGUAAGCAUGAUGUGUAUUUCACCUGCUGCAUAAAGUUUUAUGAUGAUACAUAUAAUUAUAAUUCACAUUAUUAAUCUACAUGAUAUCUCCAUUUAUGGAAUUGGCAGAUGCUCUUAUUCAGAGCGGCUUGCUGUGUGCUAUAGCUGCGUCGCCAUCUUGGAUCAUUUUAGUUGCCAGGUGGAUUAUAACCACCAGGAUACAGACACAGAUCAGGACUGGUAUGUUAGAACUUUAGAAGUUCCUUUACCUUCACAAAAGGAGGUGUCCAUUGCACUCCGGUCCUUGUCCCCUGAUCAUGAGCCACGGACAGGAGCAACCAUAAAAAGUCUGAGUGCUUCAGCCAAUGCCCUCUCUGUAAAAUGGAAUGCUGUUGAGGCUCGCAGUCUUCGUGUAUCAGUAGGCUCAUUUUUAGAUCACUUGGCACUUGUAAUGGAAACUAUGGAUACAUUUGGACAACCAGAUCUACAGUGAAACUAAUACAUCAUGCUGAUGGAAAAUGUGACCAGAUUAUAUUCAGGGAGAUUAGCCCAAUUCUGUACUAUUUAAAAAUAUUGUAUUUUGUCUGUUUAAUAAACAAUUAAAAACUA